CGGGACGCCCUGUAUAUAAAUCGUUUCUAUGGAAGAAAAACAUCUGAUUUUUUUAUUUACGGAGCAAACAAGGUAACGAAAAAACAAACGAGACGACAUUAAAUCAACAAACAUGUAAACGUUAAUACCAAAAUUUGAAAUGUCUUGUUCAUUUGUGUCCGUUCCAAAUUCCAGUAAAAAAUGCAGCUUCGCAACAAACCAGCAAGUUCGAAAUCGUGGCAUAACAUUCAGCAGCCAAUAAAGCGUUGGCCUCCGACCGCUAAUUUAACGAGGUGCUGCAGCCCGACGUGCAGCGCCCCGGUUAAAUGCGUCGCCUCGUCUUCGCAACGUAACAUAGCGAUCGUCGUUUCGAGCGACGACAACAAAGCCAUUCCGGAGCCCUGCUGUCGCGGAGCGUCCCUGCAAGAGCCCGCCCUGCCCGUGUACUGCGCGCGCUACCCCAACAUCUACAACCCGGCGCCGCUGUACAUGGAAGCUUGCUGCUUCCCGCACCACCCGUCGCUGAACGUGCCCUCAAUAUUCGACCCGCCCGCCAAGCUCAAAGCCGAUCCCGGCGCGCCCUACCGCCCAACCGCCAAGAAGCCCCUGGAGAUGUUCCCCGAGGAGCGAACUCCGUCGUACGCGUUUACCGGCGCCAAAUCCUCGUCGAACGGUUGCAAUUGCUUCUCGGCCUGUCACGAUUCGUGCUACUGUCGACCGCAAUCGCAGCGGCGAGGCGGCGCGAACGCCGCGAACAGUCCCCCGUGCGAACCGUAUCCCGACGCUUCGAACCGAACCUUCCCGAUUUCGACCCAUCACCGUGCCAGCUACGGUGAACAAACCUACACGCCCGACCCGAACCAAUACGUUUUACACCGACCCGACGCGACCAAUUCCACGAUAACGCGCGACCACUGUUCAACAUCUUCCCGAUUUUGUCCCAACCGCUACGGUUCUUGUUCAACAUCUUCCAAACCUUGUCCCGAUUCGAUCAACGACUCGUAUCCGUCCGCAUGCGGUUCUUGCUCACUUACUGAACCGUCUACACUUUGCGUUUCUACCGCCUGUGAGCUGGAGGUUCGGAGCUGUCGGGACGCCUGCCCGUCGACUGACAGCCUGCAAUCGUCUUACUAUUCGUGCCCCAAGUCGCUGCCCCCAUCGAAUUUGUUCAUCGCACCGCCACCAUCCUUCGCAUCCGCCAUCGACAACACCGCCAUUGAAGUGUGCAAUUCGCCGCCUUCGCCCAGGAUCAAAAACCUACCCGCUUGGAUAAACCCGUGUCUGGCUUACUGCGACCCGAAGUGCAAGGCCAAUUCCCCGUGCGUGCAAUGUAUCUGUAUCCCGUGCAACUGUAUAGUGUGCGACUGCAGCCGUUGCCAGAUCUGCGACGUGGAGUGCAAGCCGUGCCAUCCGCGCCAAUACUCGGACGAUUCGAACGAUCCGCGCGAGGAGCGCGCCGAGCGUCGCGACGAGUCGACGGGGCCGAACGUGCGUCGCGACGAGGCCUGCGGCCCCUGCCGGCCGGAGGCGACCGUCGACGAGGCGUGCGGCACGAGCCCGUCGGAGCGUCGCGACGAGGCUUGCGGCGAGACGGCGGCGGCGGCGGCGCCGCGUCGGAGCUAUUGCUCGCAAACGGCGGCGUUGCCGGACUUCGGCGAGCGAUUCAAGUCGAUCGCGGCGCCGUGUUUGGGCGACGAUUCGAGCGAAUCGUCGCGGAAGAUUGUGUUGUGGGACGUUUCGUGCGACGACGAUAAACCUUCGUAUAGAGAAUCUGAAAUGAUUCGCUUACGGUACUCGAAUUUUUACAAUAAUUACAACGUUGACGAAAUGGCGUUGAGAAGAGAAAGGGAUUCUAUUAGAUUGGGCAAUAGAGACUACGUCGCUCCUGAACCUUACAAGUAUAUCGAAGUAUUAAACGAUGAAGACCCGUUUUAUCCCGCUGACGAUGAUCCGCCGGGCUACAGAAAAGUUUUGUUGAAAAUUCCUUGUCAAGGAGAUGAAAAACCUAUUGAAAUGACGAUCUAUAUGAAAAUGAAGAAACGCAGCGCUACAUUUCAACGAGCCUAUUAUCCGACUUGCUAUAUAUUGCCUGUAUUUGAACCUACCGAUUGAAGCGAGUAUCGAUGCAACUUUAAAUUCAAAACUGAAUAAAAACCUGCGAUGCGCCAAAUUUAUAAAAACAGGUACAUAAACUUACACGUUUCAAAAUGUACUGAGUAAAAGCUCUAGUAUAUUAAAAAAAACUAUAUUUACUACACAUUUUUUUGUAUCACUAAAUCCUUAUCAUGAAAAACUACAUUAAAUUUUACAAACAUCUACUCGAGUUGAUUUGGAACAAUUUUGAAACGUUUCAAAUUUGCCGAACUGUUGAAACGUUUUGAAAUGGUUCUGAAUGUAAAUGAGGCAUCCAUUAGACCUACAGUAGACUUCUCUGAGGGAAUGUUAAUAAUUUUUCUUUUAAGAUCCAUGAAAAAAUUAUAUAGGGGCCCCGUACAUUCUCCGUUGAAGUCUAUAAGGUUUUGUACGAUGCAAAAUAAUUGAGACACUGGCUAGUACUAGUAGAUUAAAAGUUUAUAUUAAAUGCAAUUAUAUUUAAAAGGACACUCGCUUUGUUUACACAUAAUUAAAGAGUAAUUGAGGUGAUUAAAAGGGAUAAUUGGGUAACAUAUUCGUCAAAUUGUGACCAUGCAUGAAUCCUAUAAAAAAUCAAACCUCAAUUACGCUCGACUAUUAUUUAUAUAUAGUUUUAAAGAAUAUACCGGAGUUUUGAAAAAUACACGAAAUUAAACAUUUACCUAAUCAAACAUUUUAAAUUUAAACAUUAUUCAUUAAAUUAUUCAACGAAUAACAAUAAAAUUAACUCGAUAAAUUUGCCAGGAUGGGUGUAUGGAUGUGUGUGAUCUCGUGACGGACUAAUAUAAUAAAUAUGCUGUGUCUUGGCGGAUUCGGUGGAUUAUUUUGGAAAAUUAGUUAAAAAUUUUCAAUUCAAAUACCCACCUGGCAAUUGAGAGUUAAUUUUAAUGGAAUUUUAUUGAGUAAAUUUGUCCGGUGGUUGGUACUUUGGUUCGAUGUUUAAUUCUAACAAACUGACUAUAGCGGAUCUGUAUUUGUAAUUAUUUGCAUUUUGGUAACUGAAUGUUGGAGUUUUCUUAUUAAACAUCAACCGGAGUAUCGAAAACUGGGCGAAUAAAUCGAUGCAGUAAUUAAACUAAUAAUAAGAGGGGGGGAAAUUGAAGGUAAUUAUUUAAAUUUCAUUGUAAAAAUUUGCACACGUUUAAAUUAGAUUUACUAUAUUUGUCAAAAACUUUGCUAAUGAGGGCAAUUUUUGUAAAACUUUUAGCAUCUAUCGAAAUAUAAACUAUUAUAUAAAUUAGGUAUACCAAAUUUGGCAUUGUAUCCAAGUUUAUUCAGUUUUGUAAUUAACUUUGUAAUGCUGUAAACCUUUAAGAUUGUAAAUGAAACUAGAAACUUUAAGUAAAACAUGUUUGAAGAUUAAAAUUUGUUUUCUUCCCAAACAUUCCCCAUAUUAAUUCAAGAUAAUUAUAAG